AUGACAGUGCCUCCGAAAAAUCCGAAGGCACUGUCAGAUCAGUUCCCGAUGAGGAGCCCACCCCACCACAAAGCCAAGGGCUUCAACCUCACCAGCGUCACGCGCAUGAAGCGCGCUGACAAACCGAUGCCUCUGAUCCUUGUUUUGUUGAACAGGGACCAGAAGCACAUAUUUGAGGUCAAAGACCUUUUGAGUGUGAAGGUUCAGGUCGAACCUCAAUACCCAAAAACUCUGGUGGAUGAUGAAAAUGAAGAGUUCACCUUUCACAUAGCGCGAUACAGACCAGAGGAAUUACAGAAAUUGGCAUCAAAAACCAAGUUCACCAGAAAAGAAAUCCAGCUAAUAUACCGAGGAUUCAAACAGGAAUGUCCAACUGGUAUGGUCGACGAGGAUUCCUUCAAGCACAUAUUUUCUCAGUUUUUUCCGUUAGGAGAUGCAACGAAUUAUGCCCACUACGUGUUCAACACGAUGAAACAGAAAAACACUGGAAAAAUAAGUUUCGAGGAUUUCCUCAAUAUUUUAUCAAAGGUAUCUCGUGGUAGUGUGGACGAGAAACUACAAUGGGUGUUCAACCUUUACGACCUAAACGGAGAUGGCCUCAUAACAAAAUCAGAGAUGGAAGACGUAGUUUCAAGUAUAUACGAAAUGCUUGGUAGAGCAACUCAGCCAGUUGUGGAGGAAUCUUCAGCAAAGGAACACGUAGAAAAGAUAUUCAAUAUGAUCGACACCAAUAAAGAUGGCGCCAUCACAAUAGACGAGUUAAUUCAGUGGUGUUCCCGUGAUGAGACCUACCUAAAAUCGUUAGAAACUUUAGAUACGGUAUUGUGAUUUUGUAUCGACUUUCCCUAUUAUCAAUUAAGUUAUUAAUAACUAUUCAAGUUAAACUGACAUAUGUGUUUAUUUGUACGAAUAUUCCAAAGAGUAUGAACCCAAUAAUGUUAAGUGUUACAUUUUCUUCAAUGUCCUUUGAAAUUUGAGUGCUACACCUAUAUUAGCUGAAGAGUUUUGUGUGGUUUCAAGAAAAUGAAUUCGAUUCACUACCUGUUCAGAGAGGCUUAUGGAGUAUUCAUGAAUGAAUAUCGGGAAUCUAUCAAUUAUAAUGAUAGGAGAAAAGUAUUGCAACUUCGACUGAAUUAUUUUUUGGAGAGAAAUUCUGGACUUGACUGACGAUCCUCUCAGAACAGGUGGUGAGUUAGGAUGAACUGUCUUGUACUAAACAAUUCAAGAAGGAUUUUAGAGCAACAGUCCAGAGAGAUAGAUCUAACAAUUCUCACUUGCAUUUUUCAAUUUUAAACAGAAAAGAUGAAGGAAUAGACACUGAAAACAAGGAAAAAGAUUCCCCAAAAGGUUUUGAUGAAUAUAUUAGUACAUCAGAUGAAAAUUAUACCGAAUGUAAAUUUUUCUCGAAAGUUACAACCCUACAACCGUAAUUAAAUCAAAAAUAAUAAUUUUGAUUCAAAUUUACUACAAUUGGAAG